AACCAAAUCCUCUUCUCUCCCAAAUACGUCCACACGUUAGAUUGCCAUUAUCUUAUCCCUCAAAUAAGAGGCCAUCGUGUUCCUCUCCACUCAAUGCUAUCAGUAUCACACCUUCUUCUUCCCACCAAUCACAGCAAAUACAAAACAAAGAAACGCAAACAAAACACUCUCUUCAUUUCAUUUCACUAACCACACCACACUAAUUUCUUCUUCAUCUACCAACGCCAACAAUGGCGUCUCUACAACACACCACAGCUUCAAUCUACUCCAAAUCAAUCCCCAAAACCACAACAACCCUCACCCCAAAACCCAUCCUCAACCUCAUCCUAUCCCGCACCACCUUCACCUCCCCAAAACUCAAACUCUCCAAAACCAAACCCCGCCGCACCGGCGGCGGCGCACUCGGCUCCACAAUGAACUCCCCAGCCGCCGCCAGCUACGCCAGCGCAUUAGCCGAUUUAGCCAAAUCCAACAACACCCUCGACGCCACCACUGCAGACAUCGACAAAAUCGAAGAACUCUUCACCGACCCCAAGGUGUUCGACUAUUUCUCCAGCCCAACUGUCGAAGACUCCACCAAACGCAAUCUCAUUGCUGAAUUCGCUACUUCCUCUAGCUUCCAACCACACACACAAAACUUCCUCAACCUCCUCAUCGAAGCCAACAGAAUCGACAUCAUCCUCGAAAUCGUCAAGGAAUUCGAACUUCAUUACAAUACUUUAACUGACACAGAGCUUGUUGUGGUGACUUCAGUGGUGAAAUUGGAGUCUCAGCAUUUGGCGCAGAUUGCGAAACAGGUGCAGAAACUUACUGGGGCGAAGAAUGUGAGGAUUAAAACCAAUCUUGACCCGAGUUUAGUGGCGGGUUUUACUGUCAGGUAUGGUAAUUCUGGGUCUAAGUUUAUUGAUAUGAGUGUUAAGAAGAAACUUGAGGAAAUUGCUUCUCAACUUGAUUUGGGUGAUAUCAAACUUGCUGUGUGAGAAUUCUUCAGGCUUUGUUUCAAUUUGGUUUACUCAAAUUGUAAUUUUUUUUGGGUUAUAAGUAUAUUCAUGUAUGUAUGAAUGAAUCCUCAACUGUGCACAAUCUUCUUACAAUAAUAUAUUGGCUCCCCUGCUUUUUAAAUUUUGGAAA